CACACUCAUCAAAACCCUCUCUCUCUCUCUCUCUCUCCCUCUCUCUCAUUUUGAGUGAAGUUGAGUUGUGCAACAGAGUAGAAAUGUUUCUACGUUCAAAUGCAAAAGAGUGAAAAACCUAACCUUCCAUUACACAUAUAACUUAGCUACUGUGUGUAGUGUGUGAAAAUAUUGGUAGCAUCAUGUCUUCUUCAAACAGACACUGGCCUAGCUUGUUCAAAUCCAAGCCCACUUCCAACUCCAGCCCUAAUCAAUCCCACCAUGAUCAUCAUCACCUAACAAGAAAUCCCUACACGCAAGACGAGGAAAGAAGCCCCGAACCAAAGCCGCGGUGGAACCCUAGGCCGGAGCAAAUCCGAAUCCUUGAAGGGAUCUUCAACUCGGGCACGGUGAAUCCACCCCGAGAUGAGAUCAGGCGAAUUAGGGCUCAGCUCCAAGAAUUCGGCAACGUAGGCGACGCCAACGUCUUCUAUUGGUUCCAAAACCGGAAAUCGAGGAGCAAGCACAAACUCCGCCACCUCCAAACCGCCAAGCCCCGCCCUUGCCGCUCCUCGUCGUCGUCGUCUGAUAAGUCCGCUCCUAGCUGCUGCAAUUCAAGCGAGAAACCCUUACCUCUCAGCAACUCUACUUUCAUUGAUCUGCUCAAUUCUCCGACCGCGUCGGUGAACCAGCCUUUCCUGCCCGGCCCGAGCCAGUUCGUGCCCGAGCCGUUGGUGUUUUCCGGGCAGGAGGGUUCGGCUCAUGGGAUUUGCUUUCCUGAUUUGUCUCCAAAUGUUGGGGAUUGCUCCGAUACUUUGCUCGAUGGUCUAAUGCCGGUGGGACAUGGUCAUACGAGGAAAGAGGGCGAUCAGAAGUCGAAACUUGGCUAUGCCGUUGAGCCGGCCGUGGCGGAUCUUAGUGCUCCAUGCCCAAUUUCUCAAGGUUUAGUGGAACCGACGCCUCCCAAAUCCAUGGUUUUUAUCAACGAUGUCUGUUUUGAUGUUGCAGCAGGAGUGCCCUUUAAUGUUAGGGAAACAUUUGGAAACGAUGUCGUUUUGAUACAAGCCUUGGGGCAGCCUGUUCCUACCGACGAAUGGGGCGUGACCCAGCAGCCCCUCCAGCAUGGUGGUUUCUACUACCUCCUCCGGUCACCUGCGCAGCCGCCAGACCACAGGACCAUUGAUUUGAUUUAGAAGAAUGUUGAGGAUUUGAAAAGGAGGGAACUACUAGUUGACCGUCACAUUUUGUAACAGAUGAGGGGUUUUAUUUCUUUUUUUCUUUUUUAAUUUAAUUCCGAACAUUAAUUAGGCUCUGUGGUUCCUUUAUGGCCACUUUCUCAUGAUGCAAAAUCGAUGGUGGACCAUGGACGUAUGGUAAAAUCUUUCUUAAAUUGAGUACUGUAUGUUUUUAUGAAUUAUUUUUGGUUA